UCUCGAUAACAAAAGAUCAGCUGCUGACCAGUGUGACCCCAGUUGGAUCUAUUCUAAUCUGUCUAUGGGAUAUCCGACGGUGCGGGAAAGUAUAUAAUAAUAUAACGGUCCUCCACACAUUACCGGAUCUGUCUUUUCUUUCCCCUGUGGUUUGCAGCCACGCUCCUUGCGCCGGAUCUUCUUUUCUAUUUGUAUCUCAUACAAUGUCGUUCGCAGAGAAGAAGGCGCUGAGCCUGACCUGCCAUGCGCUCAUUCCUGGCAUUGAUCCUCCCUACGGGUAUCAACCAUCUCUAGCCGCGGGAAUUGUUUUCUGCGUGCUUUUUGGGCUGUCGAUGCUUGUACAUACAGUUCAGGCUCUAUGGAAGAGGAAUUGGUGGUGUUUCACCUUUGUGGUCGGAUGCAUCACGGAAGUAUUGGGAUGGGCAGCCAGGACAUGGUCCUCUCAAUGCCCCUAUAACGGCAAUGCCUUUUUGAUGCAGAUAUCCACAUUGAUCAUAGCACCGACAUUCUUCACGGCCGGUGUAUAUGUGCUUCUGGGGCGUUUUAUUCAGAUCUUCGGACGCAACUCCUCCGUCCUCAGUCCCGCCAUGUAUCUCUGGAUCUUCUGCACCUGCGAUGUGGUCUCCCUCGUCGUCCAAGCCAUCGGCGGUGGCAUUGCUUCGUCCGAAUCGAACCAAAACACAAGCACCAAACCGGGAACCGAUAUAAUGGUCGCAGGUAUCAUCUUCCAACUGGCCUCCAUCACCAUCUUCGUGGCUUGCGCUGCGGACUUUUUCCGUCGCGUGCUGCGCCAUCACCGUCUGAGCUCCAUGAGCGGCACCGUCGUCCCCUUAAUGGCAGCCAUGGCCUUCUCCAUCACCUGCAUCUAUAUCCGAAGUAUCUACCGAACAAUCGAGCUGCUGCAGGGCUGGUCCGGAUAUCUAAUCACCCACGAGCGAUUCUUCAUCGCUCUCGACGGAGCCAUGAUGGCGCCCGCCGUUGCUAUUUUCAACUUCAUCCAUCCGGGCUGGUUCAUCCCGUCUCAGAAAACCGUCUCCGUCGACGUCGGACAGGAGAUGUCUUCCAAAUCGAGCGAACAGCCUGUGUUCAACGAUGCAUAGACCGACCUAAUUCAUUCCUACGCAACUUAUCUCACUCUCUCUUCUUCCCUUCCCUUUUUUUUCUCAUUGAUAUUCGAAUUACGAGAUUUUGCUGAGGUCUUGCUUUUCCCAUAAACAAUCUCAGCGCCCCCUUUCCCCUUUUCUUUCUCAUUGCAUAACUACCUACAUAUACACCAUAUAGCUUUCCCUUUUAUCGUUAUAUGAUUUUUUUUUUUUCCUUUCUCAUGAUACCUGACUUAAGUUCAAGUUCUGAUUUCUCAUUUGCAUAUACCAUGGCGCAACGGAGCCCUUCUUUUUUCUUUCUUUUUUUCUUGUUUUUUUCUCUCAUAUUAUAUUACUGACAAUAUUUACUGAAUCGGAUAAGAUAAAGUUCCGAGUUUUUCACGCCCUGCUAUGUUUACAAUUAUUUCCCGCAUUAUCUAGAAGAUGUUGGAAUUAUCUUUGAAUAAUUAUUAGUUUCUUUCAUAUUCUCU